AUGAACUGCCAACGGGUGUUUCAAGAUUUCAACUCGAGUAAAUUCGUCGUCUACACCUCUCUCCUCUGUUUCUUCAUCCUCUUUGCCCUGCGACUGGACCGGACGGUGCUCAUCUCCUGGUGGCUCGUCUUCCUCCCGCUAUGGGUCUGGAAGUCGCUGGUCAUUCUGGGCGCCUUCACCGGCGUCCUCGUGUGGAUCUGCAACCCCGAGUACCGCCUCUCGGAGAGCUCCUACACGCACUUCAAGUCAAUGCUAAUCGCCCUCUCACUGCAGCUCCUCCUGCUCAUGUUCGAGCUGCUCGUCUGCGACAAACUAGAGUCAAAUCGGCACUUCUGGACGCUCGCUUUCGUACCCCUCAUUUUCGUCUCCCUGCUCUCCAUCGCCGUCGCCAUUUGGGCGCUGAAGAAUGAGCGCGACUUUGAGUUUGAGUUCAUCUGCUCACUCAACCUCCUGCAGUUCAUCUUCGUGCCCAUCCGCCUGGACGACUUCAUCACAUGGAGCUGGGUGGUGGUCUUCGUGCCGCUGUGGAUCCUCCUCUGUCUCGCCAUCAUCGGCGUCCUCUACGCGCUCAUCUUCGCCGUCAUUCUCUUUCGCACGCCGGAGGUGUCGGCGGAGCAGCGCCGAGCGAGCUUCUACUCUGCGCUCGCCUACACGCUCAUCGUCCUCCCUCUGCUCGUCUUCUUCGUCCUUCUCUCCUCGAAGCUCGACUCGGACUUUGAGAUGGACUACUUCUCCGUCUUUGUGCCGCUCUACUUUACGCUGAUCAUCCUCAUCUGCAUGUCAUUCAGCUCGAAAGGGGGCAAUCUCUGGUGGUUCGGCAUGCGCAAGGACUUCUGCUCCUUUCUCCUCGUCCUCUGUCCGUGUCUGCGCGAGUACGCCAACAUCAGCUACAACUUUACGCUGAACAGCUGGGGCGGGUCGGGCGGCCAUCACCACCAAAACGGUCAGCAAAAUGAGCGGACCAAUCUGACGGCGGUGACGGUGACCAAUGGGACGUCGGCCGGAUCCGAUUACGACGUUCAGGACGGGAAAAAGGUGCCCAGCAAGCUGAAGAAGGUGAUCACGCAGCAGCCGAAUGCGGUCGUCCUGCCGAACAGUCCUCGUCUGGACAUUCCUGACUGA